UGUGAGUGAGAAACAGCAAGUCACAUGCAUGGCUGAGAAAGGAGGAGAUUCAGGAAGUGAAGAGAAGAAGGCGGUGGUCUAUGGAGACAAGUACCGUACGAUUCUGGAAGAUGAAGUUCACAACACUCACUGGAGGCAUGGUGGCCCUCCUCUUUUCGAUGCCGUUAACAAGCUCUUCGAACAAGGCCGAACCAAGGAGUGGCCUAAAGGGUCAUUAGAGGAAACGGUUCAAAAUGCAGUGAAGUUGUGGGAAAUGGAACUUUCUCAUAAGACUCGCUUGCAAGACUUCAGGAGCAUAAAUCCGGACAAGUUCAUGCUUUCUGUCAAUGGUUUUGAUGUUGUGACGAGGGAAAAAGGAAGAAAAGGGUUGAAUGGAGAAGAAACUUUGAGGCUUGGAAGCUACAAUGCCCUUUUGAAGAACACACUUCCAGAGCAGUUUCAGUUCUACAAAGCAUCAGAAGAGACAUAUGAGUCUUCACAUGAAGCCUUCCGUACGGCCAUGCCACGUGGCUUUGCAUGGGAAGUGAUAAAGGUGUAUUCAGGACCUCCUCUUGUAACCUACAAGUUCAGGCAUUGGGGCUUCUUUGAAGGUCCCUUCAGAGGACAUGCUCCUACUGGAGAAAUGGUUGAGUUCUUUGGCAUUGGUGUUAUGAAGAAUAGUGCCCCAACUCGGAUCUCUUAACUUAUCGACUUAGUCAAGAGUAGCCGAAUUCGUUGAACAAGCUGAGUUUAUUCUCAAAGCGGUCCUUGUACGAGGGGAAGGUUGGCUUCGUCUUCCAACAUUCCAAUCUCAACUGGUGGAGACAUCUCAAGAUCCAAACUUUUUUUGGCUGUAUUAUCUCGAAGAAGUUUUAAUUUGUUGUGUUUGUCAAUAAAUACAUAAUGACCGAGAAAAUUGAGUCAGGAUUGGCUUAGUUUUCUCUUGUGGAUACUCUUCUCAGAGUUUAGAGGAUGUUCUUUUGCUCAACUACUUAUGUCAGAAAUGUUGAGAAAGAGAUCUCAAAUUUUCGAUCUGAGUAUGUGAAUAUAAGGAGCUUAAGAGUUUUACAAUUUAGAUUCAAAGCCUCGAUGCUUUUCUCACAUCCUUACAAGAAGAGAAUACUACCCUUCGAGAAU